AUGGCUACAAACUCGGGUAGCAAGAGCCAUCGCUUGCCGGAUGAUGAGCUGGCGCUCAUACGCAAGUACAUCCAUGGAUGCCACAUCCUGCACUACUACAACAUUGUGGACGCGUAUGGCCACUUGUCGGUGCGCCUGAGCGAGUCGGUGUUUAUGAUGUCGCGAUACAUGGCACCGGCGCUUGUAUCUUCAACAGAUGACAUGGUGUUGUAUGAUGUUGAGACUGGCGAAGCGCUUCAGAAAGAUGCGCCAAAAGGUUUCUCAGAGCGUUUCAUCCACUCUGAAAUCUACAAGGCAUAUCCCAAGGUCCAGUCAGUUGUGCACUCACACUCACUCGAGGUUGUCCCAUUCUCCAUUUCAUCCACGCCCCUGCGGGCUUGCUUCCACAUGGCAGGCUUCCUGGGCACCGCCGUUCCUGUAUGGGACGCUGCAACAGUAUAUCGUGACGAUCCUCUAGCGAGUAACGAUAUGCUUGUCCGCAGUACAGGGAUGGGCGCAUCGCUGGCCAAGGCGUUGGGCCCUGCUGAUGCCGAGGGAUUGCCCAAGUAUCCAGUUGCGCUGAUGCGCGGCCAUGGCUUUGUGGCGACGGCCAACAACAUCGAGAUGGCGAUUAGCAAGAGCAUCUACACGAUGCAGAACGCACAGAUCCAGAGGGCGGCGGCGGGUCUUUCGGGAAGCAUGGAGGGGGUGCGUUUCUUCAGCGAGCGCGAGGCUCACGAUGCGGGCUUGACGGCGAUAGCAGGAGCAGCGAAGCCGUGGCCGCUGUGGGUGGCGGAGGUGAAGGGCCACGCGCUGUAUAAGAACUGUGUGUGA